UGGCCCCAGCGCACGGCUGCCACUCAGUCGGCCGGGGACGGUGAGGCGAGAGGAGGCUGGUGCGGAGCUCGUCGCCUCCCCGCAGCGCCAGGCAGCGCGGUGGCGGAGCCGGGCAGACAAAAGAGGCCGCGGGCGCAGGCGGGCGCGGGCGGCGGCGGGGCGAUGGCCGGGCGGGGAGGCCGGGCGCUGCUGGCGCUGUGCGGGGCUCUGGCCGCCUGCGGGUGGCUGCUGGGCGCCGGAGCCCAGGAGCCCGGGGCGCCCGCGGCGGGCAUGAGGCGGCGUCGGCGGCUGCAGCAGGAGGACGGCAUCUCCUUCGAGUACCACCGCUACCCCGAGCUGCGCGAGGCGCUGGUGUCCGUGUGGCUGCAGUGCACCGCCAUCAGCAGGAUCUACACGGUGGGGCGCAGCUUCGAGGGCCGGGAGCUCCUGGUCAUCGAGCUGUCCGACAACCCCGGUGUCCAUGAGCCUGGUGAGCCUGAAUUUAAAUACAUUGGGAAUAUGCACGGUAAUGAGGCUGUUGGACGGGAACUGCUCAUUUUCCUGGCCCAGUACCUGUGCAAUGAAUACCAAAAGGGGAAUGAGACAAUCGUCAAGCUGAUCCACAACACCCGGAUCCACAUCAUGCCUUCCCUCAACCCCGAUGGCUUUGAAAAGGCAGCAUCUCAGCCCGGUGAGCUCAAGGACUGGUUUGUGGGUCGAAGCAAUGCCCAGGGAAUAGAUCUGAACCGGAACUUUCCUGACCUGGAUAGGAUAGUUUAUGUCAAUGAGAAAGAAGGUGGUCCAAAUAAUCAUCUGUUGAAAAAUCUGAAGAAGAUUGUGGAUCAAAACACAAAGCUUGCUCCUGAGACCAAGGCUGUCAUUCAUUGGAUUAUGGAUAUUCCUUUUGUGCUCUCUGCCAAUCUCCAUGGAGGAGACCUUGUGGCCAAUUAUCCAUAUGAUGAGACGCGGAGUGGUAGUGCUCAUGAAUAUAGCUCCUGCCCAGACGAUGCUGUUUUCCAAAGCUUGGCCCGGGCAUACUCCUCUUUUAACCCACCCAUGUCUGACCCCAAUCGGCCACCAUGUCGCAAGAACGAUGAUGACAGCAGCUUUGUAGAUGGAACAACCAAUGGUGCUGCUUGGUACAGUGUACCUGGUGGAAUGCAAGACUUCAAUUACCUCAGCAGCAACUGUUUCGAGAUCACUGUGGAGCUUAGCUGUGAAAAGUUUCCACCUGAAGAGACUUUGAAGAGCUACUGGGAGGAUAACAAAGACUCCCUCAUUAGCUACCUUGAGCAGAUACAUCGAGGAGUUAAAGGAUUUGUCCGAGACCUUCAAGGUAACCCAAUUGCCAAUGCAACCAUCUCCGUGGAAGGAAUAGACCAUGAUAUUACAUCUGCAAAGGAUGGUGAUUACUGGAGAUUGCUUGUACCUGGAAACUAUAAACUUACAGCCUCAGCUCCAGGCUAUCUGGCAAUAACAAAGAAAGUGGCAGUUCCUUAUAGCCCUGCUGUUGGGGUUGAUUUUGAACUGGAGUCAUUUUCUGAAAGGAAAGAAGAGGAAAAGGAAGAAUUGAUGGAAUGGUGGAAAAUGAUGUCAGAAACUUUAAAUUUUUAAAAAGGCUUCUAAUUAGCUGCUUUUGAUCUAUCUAUACAAUGUAGUAUUAUGAUGUAAUGUGGCCAUUUUCUUUAAGAUUUUGUGCAGUUAAUAUUUAACAUUGAUUUAUUUUUAAUCAUUUAAAUAUUAAUAGAACUUAAA